AUGAACCGGCUCCGGCUGCUAGGGCUGCUGGGCGCGGUGCUGCUGGGGUGCUGUGAGACUGGUGAUGCUGUAAGAUGCUUUACAAAGCAGUAUGAACACAAGGGCAGGUGCUGCAACCGCUGUCAGCCAGGGGAAAAGCUGAUCUCCGAAUGUGAUGGCACAGAAGAGUCUGUCUGCACCCACUGUGAGAGUGGGCAUUACCAGCAGAGCUGGACCAAGGAGAGACACUGUGCUCCCCACGACAUCUGUGAAGGCAAUGCUGGCCUCGUUGUGAAGACAGAAGGAAAUGCAACACACAACACGGUGUGCCAGUGCCGAGCUGGCAUGCACUGCUCUGACUCCAGCUGCCAGACCUGUCUGGAGAACCAGCCCUGCCAGCGCGGCUUCGGCUUUGUGGCAGCCAAGGCCGUGGCCCGGAUGUCGUCUCCCUGUGAGCCCUGUGCAGAAGGCACCUUCUCCAACAUCUCUUCUAAAACUGAGCCAUGCCAUCCUUGGACAAGCUGCGAGGAGAAGGGGCUGGUGGUGAAGGUGAAAGGGACUAACACCUCAGAUGCGAUCUGUGAGUCGGGCAGACGCUCCUCACUGUCGGUGCUGAUCCCCAUCACGGCUGCUGUCGUCACCUGCCUUGUGGGUAUCUGCAUCUACUGCCUGGUCCACACAGAUCCCAGGCGACAGGUGCAGAAGCAGAUAGAGGCUGGGAACAUGGAGAACCUGGAGCGCAAGCAGGCUGUGGAGAUGGCAGAGGAGGAGGAGGAAGACAGCUUACCUGGGCAGGAGACCCUGCUCAGACACCAGCCUGUGGCCCAGGAGGAUGGCAAGGAGAGCCGCAUGGCAGAGCAGGAGAGGCUGUGA